CAGCUACAUCUCGUCUGGUGGACCUGGGCCUCUUCCUGAGACAAAGAUGGUGGUGGAUGCAAAGGCAGCCACAGACCCUAGCAGCUCCCAGGCCCCGGCACAGCAGCCGCGCAGUGAAGUCAGCAAUGUCAUAGUGAAAACACCCUGGUAUCAGAUGUCCUGCUGUGGGCCUGCUCCUUGUACCAGCUGCUGCCGCCUGAGGAGGCCCUCUGUCACCACGUCUACUUUUAGCCGCCUGCUCUACACCCUCAUCCAUAUGGGGGCCUCAGCGGUCUGCUGCCUCCUGCUGUCAAGGACAGUGGUGGAAAAAGUCUGGGGCAAGAUCAAGAUGCCCUCGACAUUCUGUGCCCACCUGUUUGGCCACUCUGACUGUCCAGUGCUCAGUGGCUCUGGGGCUGUGUACCGGCUAUGUGCAGGAACUGCUACCUUCCACCUGGUGCAAGCUGUCCUGCUGAUCCACCUCCACUCCCCCACCAGCCUACGGGCACAGCUGCACAACAGCUUUUGGCUCCUCAAGCUGCUGUUCCUGUUAGGCCUCUGUGCUGUUGCCUUCUGCAUCCCAGAUGAGCUUCUCUUUCCAGCCUGGCACUACAUUGGCAUCUGUGGAGGCUUCACAUUCAUCCUACUGCAGUUGGUGCUUAUCACAGCCUUUGCCCACUCCUGGAACAAGAACUGGCAGACAGGUGCAGCCCAAGACUGCAGCUGGUUCCUAGCUGUGUUGCUGGCUACCACAGGAUUCUACAGCUUGGCAGUUGUAGGAACUGUGCUCUUGUUUCACCACUACACACACCCCACGGGCUGCCUGCUCAACAAGAUGCUGCUUAUUCUCAACAUUUGCUUCUGUGGCCUCCUGUCCUUCCUCUCCAUCACUCCUUGCAUCCGCCUCAAGCAACCCCGUUCUGGCCUUCUACAAGCCUCAAUCAUCAGCUGCUAUAUCAUGUACCUGACUUUCUCUGCAUUGUCCAGCCGUCCUCCAGAGAGAGUAAUCCUUCAGGGACAGAAUCAUACUCUGUGCCUGCCUGGCCUGAGUAAAAUGCAACCCCAAGUACCAGAUACCUCAGUAGCUGCGUUAAGUGCUGCCAUCAUGUAUGCCUGUGUGCUUUUUGCUUGCAAUGAGGCUUCAUACCUGGCUGAGAUAUUUGGGCCCUUGUGGAUAAUCAAGGUUUACAACUAUGAGUUCCAGAAGCCCUCACUCUGUUUCUGUUGCCCAGAAUCAAUUGAGCCAGAGAAUGGGCAAAGGGGUGGGCCAGCUGACCAAGACCACCACCUUCCAGCAACUCCAGUACAAGCCCAGCAUCUUCCCUACAGCUACUCUGCCUUCCACUUCGUCUUUUUCCUUGCUUCGCUCUAUGUUAUGGUUACUCUUACCAACUGGUUCAGCUAUGAAGGAGCAGAACUGGAGACCUUCACCAAGGGUAGCUGGGCCACCUUCUGGGUCAAGGUUGUCUCAUGUUGGGCCUGUGUACUUCUCUACCUGGGGUUGCUACUGGCACCAAUCUGUUGGUCCCCUGCCCAGAAUCCUCAGCACCCUCUUAUCUUCAAGCACCGCAUCAGUAUUGCUGGGUAA